CUGCGAAAAAUUCAAAAUAUCACGUGGGAAAAAAUUAUCACGCAAAAACAGAGGCAAAAAAUUCUUUUAAUUUUGAUAAAUUUCCCAUUGAUUAACGACAAAAAUGUCUUUAAUUCGGGGCGGAACGCUGUCCCGAUCUGCGGGUUUGCCAGCGGCGAUCGAGAAACAAGUGAAAAUGCUGAAUCUGAAGGCAGUCAAGAGAAUCACCGUCACAUUUGAUCCAUUGAAUGAGAGUGCGGUCGAAACACGAAACUUUUUGAUCAACAUAUCGAAGCCCAAAGUUUUGCUAACUAAUCCAAAUUGUGCAUUAAAAACAGAAGUUGUUUGUGAUAGAAGGCCAGAUACGGUAGAAUUUCAACUGCUACCCGAAAUCGCGGAGGCAAUUGAGCUCAAGAAAAUCCAUUUCAACGCGAAAAACUUAACGACGCUCGAGUUGUUGCAACUCACGAACAAAUACGUGACGGUUCAUGCACCCAAAGAGGACCCAUUGAACGUGGUUAAGACCAAGUCAGAGAAGAAGGCGGGAAAGAGAAAAUAAAUUUCUUUUUAAUUUGAAGUAGUGAUAGUUUUUUAAGGAAGAAACAAGUGAAAAAGCGAGCAAAAUGGUUGAAAAACUCGGCAAAAAACGCGGCAGCAUGGAUGUCAUUGAGAAACUUUACCGUGAAAUGCCUGCCUUUACGGAUGUC